AUGAAAGCUUUGAUGGAAUACAAGAUGUUAGCAGAUCUAAGGCUGCUGCUGAUAGCCUUUCUUUGCAUCCCAAUUGGAUUUUUAUUUGGCUCCUUUCUCAGAGAAAUACAUGAGGUGCAAAAAGACACCUUUUAUUCACCUUUUGAUCAUUCAUAUUCCAGCUAUGCUGAUGACUAUGAUUCAAGAAACAUGUCUAAAGAAACAGCAAAAAGACCAAGGUAUCUGCUGGCUUUAGCAGUUGGGAUUCAACAAAAAGAUAUUGUGAACAAAAUAGUCUCCAAGUUCAAUGAGGAUUUUGCAAUAAUGUUAUUUCACUAUGAUGGGAAAACAAGUGAGUGGGAUAAGUUUGAAUGGUCACAAAGAGCAAUCCACACCACUGGUCUAAAACAAACAAAAUGGUGGUUUGCCAAAAGAUUUCUCCAUCCAGAUGUAGUGGCUGAAUUUGAGUAUAUAUUCAUUUGGGAUGAAGAUUUGGGUGUAGACAACUUCACUAGUGAAGAGUAUAUAAAGAUUGUGAAGAAGCAUGGACUAGAAAUAUCACAACCUGCUAUUACAUCAAGCAGUGAGCCAACAUACAAAAUCACAAUGAAAAGAAAUAAUGUGGAAGUUCACAAGGACGCAGAUGAAAAAUGUGAAAAUCCACUUUACCCUCCUUGUGCAGGGUUUAUUGAGAUUAUGGCUCCAGUAUUCUCAAAAGAAUCAUGGAGCUGUGUUUGGAAAGUAAUUCAGAAUGAUUUGGUCCAUGGUUGGGGUAUUGAUUUUGCAUUUUGGAGAUGUGUGAAGGUCCCUCAUGAAAAUAUAGGAGUAGUUGAUGCACAAUGGGUUGAACAUCUAGUUUUGCCAACUCUAGGAACUCAGACUCGAGCAAGAAGUUAUGAAGAAUGGAAGGAAUUUGAGAGGAGAAUGAAAGAAGCAGAAAAACAGGAAUCUCAGAAACAGUCAAAACCUCCUAUUUAA